AUGACGGUCGUCAGAGAAUGGCCCAAGUCAGAACUGGCCGAGCACUGCGACGAUCUGUUGCUCCUACUCACUGGCGCCAUUCAAGAUCCUAAAGACUUUGUUCGCGCGGCGGCCCGCGAAGCGUUGUGCGCGUUUGCCGAGACAUGGUACGGUCGAGAGCGAGGGCAUGGAACAACUCGCAGAGAUCCCGCCGCUGCCCCAACGACCAAUCGACCAAUGAUCAUCGCAGAGCACGCGUCGGCUCAGCUCACGGCGGCGCUUCUCAAGAAGCAAGUGUCAGCCACGUCUGUGGCCCGACCUCACGGGCGCCUUCCGCUACGACGCCAGUUGCAUUCAGCGCCGAUCCCCCGCCAAAUUCGAUUUUGA